GAAACGCUCCACAUCCGGGUUCUCCGUGCGGGUCCCGUGAGUUUGAUCGGAAAUACGCGGCGAGAACGGAAGGAAAACAGGAGUGAAAUAAACUGAAUUCUGAGCAUUAAACGAAUAAUGAUGAUUUAGAAGCAUUAACGAAUGAAAUAUAACCAUUAACAAGAUAUAAAGUCUUUCAGAGGGGAUUUAAAAUGUCUUUGUUCAGACUGAGGGAUGAUCAUCUGUUUGAUUGACAGGAGCGCGGUUGGACAUGUGGUGGUUUCAGGAGGGCUUGUGCAUUCUGCCCGUGGCACUGGUCAUCUGGACCGCCGCCACCUUCAUCUUCGCUUACGUCACGGCCGUCAUACUGAGACAUGUGGACCCGCUGGUGCCCUACAUCAGUGACACCGGGACUGUCCCGCCGGAGAGAUGUGUGUUUGGACUCAUGCUCAAUGUGUCGGCGUUCUUAGGUGUCGCUACGAUGUACGUGCGCUAUAAGCAGCUUCAGGCGCUCGUGGACAGUGACGACACUCGUCUGAACCGCCUCAAUCUGCUGGGGUUCGUUCUGGGCUGCGGCAGCUCGCUCGGCAUGUGCGUCGUCGCAAACUUCCAGAAAACCACUCUGUUCUCGAUGCACCUGGUGGGCGCCGUGCUAACGUUCGGCGUCGGCGCGCUCUACAUCUUCGUCCAGGCGCUGCUGUCGUACCUCAUGCAGCCGCACGUCCACAGCAAAACCAUGUUCUGGACGCGACUGAGCGUCGGCAUCUGGACGCUGUCGAGCAUCAUCAGCAUGUUCGUGUCGUCGGUGAUCAUGUACAGCACUCUUCCUGGAGUCGAAGUCAACAAGAAGCUCCACUGGACGCCCGGAGAACCCGGUUACACGCCGCACAUCAUCAGCACCAUUUCCGAGUGGUCUCUCGCCCUGUCCUUCAUCAGCUUCUUCCUCACCUACAUACGAGACUUCAAGAAGAUCAAUCUGCGCGCCCAGGCGCAAAUUCAGAGCAACCACCUGUACGAGUCGCAUCAUCACCGGCCCGUUCCUCCUCGCGGGCCGACAGAGACGUCGCCGCUGCUCGCCGGGAGCAUCUGAUCACGGGACAGAGGGACUCUGACGCUCCAGCAGAGGGCAGCGACACUCAGGGUUAAAGGCAGAAACACAGGACCGACCGUGUAGAAGCGCUGGAACUUCAUACUAACAUUUACACAACGUUUGUACAACAUUUACACAACCGUCUGAAAUGAUGCUCUAAAUUUUGUGUUCGCGUCAGUGGUUUUAAUGCUUGUUUUUCUGCUGUGAGUUUGUUGGUGGAUACUACAAACAUGUUUUAUAUUUUUGUUCUAGAAAUAUCCAUUGCGUUCAUUUUUAUACCACUGUAAAACUGCAUAAUAUUCUCAUUAAAACUGGUAUUAGUGGAUGAA